AUGGGCCAGAAACUCAAUUUUAACGACUUUGGGCUGGAGAUUUUUCCUUCCACACCACCUGAAGACCCUCUUCCCACUAUAUAUGAGGACUCAUUGGUUGCAUUACAAUGGGUGGUUUCCCACCGGAACGGUGAUGGACUGGAGGAUUGGUUGAACCACCAUGAAGACUUGGGAAGACUUUUUUUAGCCAGUGUGAGUGCCGAUGCUAACAUAGCUCAUAAUGUGGCAAUGAUGGCCGGAGGCGUCGGGUCCGGGUCCUGGCCAAAAGCCGAAAUUCUUGGUGUAGCGUUGGUCUAUCCUCACUUCUGGGGGUCGACUCCUAUCGGGCCGGAGGCAUUGCAUCCGGGUAAGGAUGCAAUGUCUCAGUUGUGGCCCUUUGUGUGCCCAUCAUCACCAAAUAACGAUGACCCGCGGAAUAACCCGGUGGCGGAAAGUGCCCUAAGCUUGAUGGGGUUGGGGUGUAGGAUGGUGCUAGUGUGUGUGGCUGAGAAGGAUUUGUUGAGGGAUAGAGGAUGGGUGUAUUAUGAGGCAUUGGGUCGUAGCAGGUGGAUGGGUGUGGUUGAGAUCCAAGAGACAGAAGGAAAGGACCAUGCAUUUCAUCUGCAUAAUUUGGAGUGUGAGAAAAUAGCUGAGUUAUUCAAAUGGUUAGCAGCAUUCUUCAGCAGGGACAUACCUCAUUUGCUUUGAUAUCCAUGCACUUCAAUGUAAUAUCACAA